AUGUCAGGAUCUAGUAAACAACCUGCUAAAAAUGAAGAUAAUUUCAGCAAAGUGAAAGAAAAAAUGCAUCGACUCUUUGGCUUUGGUAAAUCAUCAGCACCACUAGCUGUCCCUAAAGCCGCAACACGUGAAGUAGUUUUCACCCCUGAGAUUCUGAAGGAAAUUGGACCAGAAAGCCCAGCCAACAACAGAAUCCGUACGAUUCGAGAGCUUUGUGAAAUUGUCAAACACAGACAUCUAGAGAAUAAUGCAAUUGAAGCUUUAUGGAGCCAGAUAAGUGAUCUUCUGCAGCCUCAUGUCAUACAAGAAAAUCGACAGCUGGCUCUUCACUUCCUGCACUGUUUGCUGCAGGGGCAGUUGUCUAACAUGACCAUUGUCCGUGGACAUUUCUUCAGAGUCAUACAAAGUCUGACCGAUCCUGCUGACAUACACCACAGACUUGAACUGUUUAAAACAUUGAGCGAGUGUGGUAAAAAUCUCCUCUACUUUGAGGAUGAAACAGGUGAGCAGACAUGUAUGAUUCCUAACAGAACACGCUCAGAUGAUGAGCUUACUAAAUGCUUGCAAGUCCUGGAUGCGGUCGUCUGCUACAGUUACCUCCCUUCUGAUUCCUUAUAUCACUUUGUGGCUGCUUUGUGCCACACAGUGGAUAAGGCUCCAUACAGCGAAAAAUCUUGGGAGUUGAUGAGGAAACUGUUGGGAACCUACCUGGGACACAGUGCCAUUUUUACCAUGUGUUGUAUGCUGCAAGACAAAAGACAGCCUGUCGAUGUUUUGCUGUUACGAGGUGCAAUCUUUUUUACUGGCAUGGCAUUAUGGGGCUCUCGUCGUGUGACAACCUUGAAGCAUACACAUGCUUCUGUGCUGCCAUCUUUCCUCCAGGCACUGUCUCAUGAAAAUGGCAUCGUGGCAUAUGAGGUGGUUUUAAACCUGCAGCGUUUGGUGAAUAAGUAUGGAAAAGAUUUACAGCAUGUUACGUGGGAGAUUGUCUUGGAUAUACUGGAAACUUUGCUUAUCCAGAUUGACAAAUGUGAUUUUGACAAGAAAGUUGCAGUAGAGACACAUCAGGUGAUCACAACAAUGGAAACACUCAACAGCACCAGGCAGUUCUUUGGGCCAAAUGCUCGUCUUUUUAAAAUUGUGGAGAUGUGUGCCAGCAAAAGACCAACCAGUUCUGUGUGUGCUUUGAUGGACUACCACACACAGUUCAUCCACCCAGGACAGGAGAACUGGAUUGGAGCUCUGAACAGCCUCAUGGAAAAAUAUCUCAAGGGCCAGACAAGAACUGAAGUGAGGAAGAAAGCCCUGGAUGUGUUGAAUCAUGUACUCAGUAUUAACACUCAUGUGUAUGAGAAGGAGCUGAUUGAAUGGGUUGUCAUUCCCCAUUUCACUAAUUUUGAUGCCGAUCCUGAUUCUGAAGUAAGAUGCAAGGCAGUUGAACUUUUGCUUUGGCUGUGCGAAGAUUGCCAUUCCAAUGAGUUCUUUGAACUUACUGUUAUUGUUGAAAAGAUCAUCAAGAAGCCUGUGAUUGGGUUAGCCCCUGAGACAGAUCGGAGAGAUGAAAUGGGGUUGUUGCGUGAUGAGAGAAACCUGCAAGACAUCCGUGUUGCCAUUGGCAAAAUUAUUGAGGUGUUCAAGGUGAAGCUGUACACAGCACCUGCAUCCCACUGUCAGAGGCUUUAUGAGCUGUUGACAUCGCACCUGGAGCUCCACUACUCACACCUGUACCUCGGCCCCACAGCUUGUCAGAUACGCAAAUCAAUAUUUGGUUUGCUAAUACUUUUGAGAGCAGACAGUCGCUCCAGGGUUGGACUGGCUGAUAGAAAACCAGGAGAGCGGCAUGUUUACAGCCCUUACACCUUGUGCAAACCCAGUGAUGAUUUGGAGUCACUAGCACAGAAAAGUCCUUCCAUUCCAGGCCUAACAUUAAGCCAGGUCUACGCAGUCAUUGAGUAUAAGCACACAUUCAAAAUGUUCCUUCGGUGUCUUGACACAGAGAGGGAUUGGACAGUGCUACAGAUGGUUCUGGAGAAUCUGCCACUGAUUCUGGAGAACAAGACACUGGUUUUGACCGCCGACAGCCAUCUCAUUGAUGCCUUGUGUGAGAAGCUCUGUGCAAUGGUUAGAGAUCGUUCAGUGGAGCACUCAAAAAUGCUGAUCAACAGACCAGCAAACUUUACCCGCUCAGACUUCCAUACAUAUGUCUUCCCCGUCUUAGCUGCAAUGGUAACUUAUCAUGCUUGCCUGGACAAAGUUCGUUUAAAAGAACUGGUGAACUGUUUAGAGUUUGGCCUGGUUUCUAAAUGUGCCAAGAUUUGUGUGACCACACUGCGAAUCUGUUCACUGGAGAUGAAGGAGUUGAUGAUGCGUAUGCUGCCUUCAGUGCUGUUGAAUUUGUCGAAGAUAUCUGCCACCAUCUCCAUGGCGAUCCCAGUUUUAGCAUUCCUGUCAAGUAUUGUUCGCAUUCCCAAACUUUACGCCAACUUUGUAGAGGAUCAGUAUAUGAGUGUCUUUGCAAUAGCUUUACCAUACACCAACCCAUUCAAGUUCAGUCACUACACAGUGUCUUUGGCUCAUCAUGUUAUUGGAAUCUGGUUCAUUCGAUGCAGGCUCCCAUUUCGCAGAGGAUUUGUCAAAUACAUUCAGAGGGGACUGAAGUACAAUGUUCUUCAAUUGUUUGAAGAAAACUCAAUCCGACAUCUAAACACUCACAAUCAAGAUUCCAGUGAUCGUGCUCGCACCAGCUCUCUUAAUGAAGGCCAUCGCAGACGACGUAAUGUAUCAGGCAUAGAAGGUAUCAGAAAUGAUGGCCGUUUACCGAUGGAUGAAAAGAUGUCACAGUUUCACAAGGAACUGACUGAGACAUGUGUUGACAUGAUGGCCAGAUAUUCUUUUGGCAAUUUUUCGGCACUGCCUAAACGGACUCCCGUAGCCCAGUUUUUGUUAAAGGAUGGCCAACAAGGCACAUGGGUGGUCGGCAACAAGAUAAUCACCGUGACAACAAGCGGAGGCGGUAACAAAUCUGGCAGCUCAAGUCUCUGCGACAACUGCCUGGCUGUGUUCCAGAACUCACAUGAGAGCCAGGAAGAGGUGAAGACACUGACCCCAUCAUCUACUGGGCUCGCAUCAUCUGCAGGUUCAUUUCGUGAACGACGCAGGCACAAGUCCAUGGCUCAUUUAGGCCGCUCUCACACACAGACGGAAUCUUUGGGAAUCACUCUGGAAUGUGAGGAGUCUCUUGUUCCUCGUCGAAGUCAGGAUGACAUGAGCUUACCACAGGAUUCAGGUAUGAAUAUUUUUGGACAUGACGAUGUGGCUGUGCAAACUGGCAGCUCAUUGAACAGAGAUGGAAUGGAUCCACUUUUAAUAGAAAGCAGACGGCACAUAUCAGAGCCACGCACCUUCUCGUCAACCCAGUGCAGCUGUUGGUGCACCAACUGGGCUGAAGUCACGAUUCGAGGAGCCAGCGGGGUCAUAUCUUGGAUGAUGAGAAUUGAGAAUGAAUCCAGCAACUACCAUUUUGAAACAGAUCCUUCGAUGCCUGAUAUUACUCAACUGUUAGCUCCAGUUAGAUGCAAGACCCCUGACAGCGACAGCGUUGGCAAAAUUGACAGUGGCAGCUUGUGUGAGGAAGAAUAUGACAAUCUUCACACGCAACAUUUCUCAGAGGCUGAAAGAACUUGUAACAAGCAAGACCCAGGUUUUGAACUUCAUUUAGAUAAUGAUUUGUAUCAGGAAGAACAUAUACUGUCUUAUGCAGCUGUGCCGAAUGAUGAGUCUUUGGCAUCUUCACUUCAAGAUGAAGUUCCUGAGCUGAGGCAGCCUAAAAAACGUAGUUUCACCAUUGCUGUAAUGAGUCCCUCGUUAGAAGGCAAGCAAGGGGAAGAUUAUGAUGGUCGACUAAAGGGUGCCGGAGCAGCCAAAGAUGGGAAAGGAGGUCUCAACCCCAGCUAUGUGUUCCUGCAGCUGUAUCAUUGCCAUCCACUGGUGCAGAGCCAGGAGAUCCCUCUCAAAGUUCCCGACACUGAUAAAUUCCGCCGCACCAUAGAUAUACUCGACCAUAUCUAUCCUUAUGAGACUCACAAGAUUGGAGUCUUGUACAUGGGGAAAGGACAGGCCAGCGAUGAGAAAACUCUACUCAGCAAUGAGUACGGCUCACCUCGCUACACUGAGUUUAUCCAGAGCCUGGGACAGAUGAUCAGUAUUGAUGAAGCAGAGAAGGAGAAAAUGUACCUAGGAGGACUGAACUCUUGCGAUGGCAAGUUCACGAUAGCCUGGCAGGAUGAAUCCCUGAGAAUGAUUUUUCAUGUAGCAACUUUAAUGCCCAACUUGCCAGGCGACACAAGGUUCAACAACAAGAAGAGCCACAUUGGCAAUGAUUUUGUCACUGUUGUCUAUAACGACAGUACAGAAGAUUACAAAAGUGGAACAAUAUCAGGACAGUUCAACUUUGUCAGUAUUGUGAUUCGACCCUUGGACUACGAGAGUAAUGCUGUAACACUCAUCACCAAGGAAG